AGUCAAUUUUGGAAUUUAGAAAGACUCGGCCGGUCUACUGUACAGGGCAACCUUUGUCAGCAUGGUCAAAGGAGGAAGCGGCAAGGGAAAGAGCACUGCCUAUAAGGUUUGCAACAAUUGUGGCGGAGUUGGGCACAUUGCUGGAAUGUGUAAAGAAGACAAGCAGUGCCACUGCUGUGGCUCUGUUCAGCAUGAGAUCUCUGACUGCCCAAAACGGGAAGAGACAUGUGGUUAUUGUGGAAAGGUUGGCCACAUGAAGAGCAAAUGCCGCAUGGAGGCUCAGAAGUCCGUGGACAAGACCUGCAACAAUUGUGGCACACUGGGCCACAUUGCCAAAGACUGCCCUCAGCCGGCUGAAUGCCAUUGCUGCGGAGCCACGGUCCAUGAGAUUGCCGAGUGCCCUCAUCGAGAAAAGAAUUGCGAGAACUGUGGGAAGGUCGGACACUUGAAGAAGAAGUGCCGACAGGACAAAGAAAAUGUUCCACCUUUGCGUGGAAGCAAAGGAAGUUCCAAGGGUAAGGGCAAAGGCAAUGCUGCUGGAAAGACCUGCAAGAAUUGUGGCGAAGUGGGGCAUCUUCUACGUGAUUGCAGCGAGCCAUCACAAUGCCAUUGCUGUGGAUCCACAGAGCAUCCUGUUGCCGACUGCCCGAGCCGAGAAAAGACCUGUGAGUAUUGUGGCAAAAUUGGCCAUUUGAAAAAGAAGUGCUACCAGAAAUGACACUCUGAUUCAGCCGUGAUAACACAGCAAAGGGGCUUGGCGACAUCACUGAGAGCUUGAGUUAACUCGCGUCGAUUUGUGUACACCUC